UCUUAAUUUGUAGGGUUACUUCCGCCGCGCCGGAGCUCCGCGCUAGCUGCGUAGCGGUGACGGAGCGGCGCCGCGCCUCUCCUCCGCAGUGGAUCCGUGUCUCCGGGCUCCGCUCUCGGUGCGGCAGCGGCUCACCUGACCGCGGCACGGCGCUCUGCUCUCGACUGCCGGAGCUCCGCCGCAGCGGCCCGAACUGGGGGSUGGAUUAGCGGGCCGACGGGCCGCUGAGCAACCCGGACUCUGAUUCUCACCCUGACGCUGGUCCGGUUCGGUGGUCUGACUGGGAGCUGCUAACCGCCAUCUGCAGCGGCAGAACGGACCCAUCAGCACCGAACCGCACUAACAGAACCUCUAAUUUUACAAGGAAACGGGAUAAUCAUAGGUUCUGGAGAGUCCGGGUCACAGGUCUGAGUGAUCCGGACUAAAUCAGAACCGAGGUGAUAUUUCGGCUGCAGGUAAAGAUCUAAGGGAUGGGUCCAUCAGGACUCGGAACCGAGACAAGGUGACCGAACCGACGGGUUUAACACUGGAACAGGGCCGUCCUACUGCUGCACCUCCAGAACCGCAUGUCCCGAACCUCAGGAGAGCUCGGCKGCAGGUAGAGCCAUCCGGAACCAUGGGGACCCAGGGCCCGGGCCGGAAGAGGAUUCCGAACCGGGACAAGCUGGCUGCGGAGGAGGAUGCGCUGAGCCAGACAGCGCGAGAGGCUGAGGCCCGGCUGGCGGCGAAGCGGGCCGCCAGAGCCGAGGCCCGCGAGAUCCGGAUGAAGGAGCUGGAGAGGCAGCAGAAGGAGCUGUUUCACAGCACCAAGAAAUAUUAUGGUCUGGAUAACAAGUGGGGUCACAUCGAGCAGUGGAUGGAGGACAGCGAGCGUUACUCUCGUCUCUCUCGGAGACACACCUCGAUCUCUGAUGAUGAGGAGAGAAUGUCUGUGGGCAGCCGGGGCAGCUACAGGCCCUCGGACUACGGUGGCCUCCUGGCCUCCAGUUCUCGGGCCUCCUCCAGGGCCAGCUCUGCYCGGGCCAGCCCUGUGGUGGAGGAGAGGACAGAUCGGGAGUUCACUGACAAGGGUUCCAGGACGGCGUCCACGCUGUCUGCCGCCACGCUGGCCUCGCUGGGCGGAGCCUCGUCACGCAGAGGAAGCUGUGACACCUCGUUCUCCGUGGAAACGGAGGCCUCAAUCAGAGAGAUGAAGGACUCGCUGGCGGAGGCGGAGGAGAAGUACCGCAGGGCCAUGGUGUCCAAUGCUCAGCUGCACAACGACAAGACGGCGCUGAUGUUCCAGGUGGAGAACCUGAUGGAGGAGCUGAGCGACGUGGAGGAGCUGCUGUGGGAGGCCCGGCGCCGCUGGGACGACGCCACAAAGGAGCUGGAGCGCGAGCGCCAGGCCCACAGCGUCCUGAAGGUCCAGUUCAAGCAAACAGAGGAAACUCUGAGGCAAACCAACGAGCUGCUGACGGAAGUGUCUGAUCUGCGUCAGAAGAGCAGCAGCUACCGGCAGGAGAUCUCUGACCUGCAGGAAGCUCUGCAGUGGAAGGAGAAGAAGAUCGCGGCGUUAGAGCGCCACAGAGAAAUCUCCGACAUCGUUCGGAUCGAACGCGACCGGCUCACAGAUGAGGUGGUCCAACUGCGAGACUCACUGAAGAACCAYGGAGUGGUCGUCUCUCCUGACACCGCCACCAACGGCGACACAGACCAGACUGAGGAGGAAUCUCCCUCCCGAUUGGCCGAGGAUUCACCUCACAGUGGGAGAGAGAGCAUGCUCGGRAAGGCUUCACAGCAGAAGCCAGCAGAUGGCAGCAAAACUCCUCAAAAUGUCCCCAAAGACAAGAAGAGGUCGCUACCACAGAACAUGAUCUCUGUGAACGACAAAACCAAGCCAUCCAGAGAAAGACGAAACCCAACUGAGAAACAUCCAGGCAGAAACCGACAAACACGGAGCAAGGCAGGUGAAAAGGAUCCGCCAAAGAAGCUUCCUGUUAGAGYAGAYGGAAAUGAGGCAAAAAAGAAGCAGCCUAGCACAGAAGAUCCAGCUCAGARAGUCUUCAGAUCCAGACUUGUUCCACCGCGACCUGCUAAAGAUAUUAUCCUGGAUAACCGAGCCAUGGUGUUGGGCCUUUCAGCUACUGAGAAACUGAACUCUCCAUCUGAGGAGGCGGUAAAGCAGGAUGCCUCUUUGGCUMUGCAAAGUGAAUCUUCUUCCUCUGAAACAAACUUUGAACAAAAGCAUCUGAGUACUUCAGAUCUGGAUUCCCAAAGUCAAGAUGAAGACAGGAAUGCGGAAGACGUUUCAGGUUUCAGUGAAGAAGGUCCCAACCUUCAAGCUGUAGCAGAGUCCAACAAGUCAAAGGUUCAKGCUGUAGGUGGUGAAGAAGGCUCCGUCAGGAGGACCGAARCUAAUCCAGAAACCAAAGUACAUUUCAAAUCUCCUGAGAACCAAAGCAUUGGAGAACCACUCCAAAGAGCUGCUGAGGUACACAAAGCUUGCCCUGAAAGCCCAAAGAGAACAACACCCUUUGUUCCUGAACAAAUGUGGACCAGCCUGGAGAUGACUGUUCAAGAUUUGCUUCAAGGACUAGAGGAUAAACCAGGGUUUGUGGUAGAAAUCUCAAGAAUCUUCUCAGAAAUCCUGAUGUGUCUCCACCACUGGAUCUCAGAUUUGGAGAACACACUAAGGAACAGAGCAGGACGUGAGUCCUGUCUGAACAAUAGAGGUGGACAUGAAUCAGUGUGGCCAUUGAGGGGAACCAGACUCUCUACAUGGCUUCUGACAAGCCUAACCAGAGAAMCCGCAGAAGGUCCUGGAUGUGAAGAAGGACAUCUGGCUGGGCGUUCUUCAUCACCAAGAGUCAGUUCAGCCAGAGAAAAGAUGGAGGACCCAUCUGGUUCCUCAAGCAGAGUUUGUUCAACUUGUCAUGAUCAGUCUACCACCAAUGACGAAAGAGAGAUAAGGUCCAGCUCAAGAGAUGUGCAGCUGAACACUGAGUCUGAAGCCAGUCCACCUGGUUCUCUUCUAAAAAGCAUAUCUGGAGACUUUGUUUUUGUUGAGUCACACUUUUCUGAAUCUUACAAGAAUUCAACAGACACCAGGCCUGACAGUCAAACCCAUGUUCUGACUUCUGCCAAAGACUCAAAGGAGUUUAGAGGGAACUGCCCUUCAUCAGCACACUCCAGUGUUGGACAAAGUUCCUCAGGAGGACUCAAGAGGUUCAUGGAGGUGACCGCUGAAGAAAUCAGAGCAUUGGCUGUUCCUGAGUUGACUCUGGUGGGCCUCCAGGAGGGACGGCGGCUGGAUCGGUCCAGUGUUGGUUCUUUUGAGGAGCUGUCRGUUGGAGACAUGGACAGCUGUGAGGAGGCUGAUGAAGAAGAGGAGGUCCAAUUGCUUCCAUCACAGCAACAGAACCGAUCCACCAUGGAGGCUGAGGUCCAGGUUAUUGCUCCAUCGCUGGGCACCAUGGAGUCAGAGACAGAACAUGAAGAAUCCGGAUUGGACAGCAGGAAAAAUGACAACACAGAUUGCAAGAUUUCAUGAGCUCAGGAGCGCCCUCUGCUGCUGGUCUUCAUGAACAUUGAACACAUUCAUGUUCAAAUGUUUAUGUUAGAAGAAAACAUGUUGACUGGUAGUUCUGGUUAGAGCCAGAAGAAAGCAGAGACUCACAUCARGUGUUAGAAUCUGGAAAUCUAAAUGUGUAGAGUGAUCGAUGAAGGUUUGGAGUGACCRAUGAGAAGGUAGCUUUGAAUGUAUUGGAAUGACUAAUCUUCUGAGUAUAACAUGUAAGUUCCUGCUGAGAAGAUGUGUUCCUGAAAUAUGAGGAUAGAAAAGUUUUCAUAUCUGGUAAUAAAUGUUUAUCUGAAUCCUGGA